UCAGGGGAUGUAAGGUAGACGUCCAACAGCCAACAAAGCUGAUAAGAAAAAAAGAGCAACAGUCCGUCUCUAUCCCAUGCUCCGUCACCGUGUCCAGCUGUCCAAAGAGCCUACCUCAAAUCUCUUGGUAUGUGUUCCGGAAAAACUCUCACUACCAGCUUGAUUUAAAAAGCCCCUCAUUGAGGUACACACUGGAGCACCAGGGCCUGAAAAUCAGCUCUUUGUCAGAAGCAGACUCUGGGGUUUAUUACUGUGCAGCGGCUCUGCUGGAUGUGGCUCACAAUGGGGCGCAGGCAAUCGGACAGGGAACCACUUUGAAAGUCUCAGAGACGGGCUUAAAUGUCUCUCAAGCACUGUUGUUGACAUUGCUAGUCCUGCUGACUGUGUACGGCCUCCUUGUCCUGGUCAUCAUCAUCUGCAUAAAG